AUGGAAGAGCUCGAAAGCACGGCCAACAACUUCGAGCGCUUUACCAUCGGAAAAGGGUGGGUGCAGUGGCUGCUUCCCGAUUCCUGGGUUCAUCUUCAGGGCUUUUCCUUUGGAGAUACCGACCAGAUAAACAGCUCGACCGCAUCCUUCCGGAUCUGGUGCUCCGAAGACGGUGCGACCUGGCACCUCGCCUACGAGUCGCACGAGAAGGAGAUCAGUUAUGACAUUGUCCUGUCUUGCAAGAGACCUCCGGGUCUGGUGAAGUCGUUCAAGCUGGAAGUCCUGGAAGGUGAGCUCUCGGACAUUUUCUUCAACAUCCAUGGCAUUUUGCAGACGUAUCGCCCGGCCCACUUGGAUGGCUUCAGCGAUGCAACGGCCGAGAAAGCCAUCCAGUUCCAGAAGGAGUGGGACUCCAGAGGCUUCGCCUUUCUGCCCCACUUGGCCUCGAUCUCCAUGCACGUCUACAUGCAGAACACCGGCCUGGGGAAGAGGAUCCUCGAAGCAGCCUCCAAGUCAAAGGACCCUGGCUUGGCUCAGAAGAUCACGGACGCCAAGAAGGGAGGCUUAUCCAGAAGAUGGUAUCAGCAGUUGCCACCCGGAACUUCACAGAUCCUUCUGCAGGAGGCUGGCUUCAAGGACCCGCAGCGUUUGGACGACAUGGGUGUUGCCAUCUUCUGGAAAGAUCGGCGCCUGGUGGCCACGGAGAUCAGCACUCACACCUACCCAGGUGGAGGCAAGGGCUUCGUGAAGGUCCGGCUUUCAGACCGCAGAGAUCCGAAGUCCACCCUGGUGGUGCUGGGCACCCACCUCAGUUCGGGCGAAGAACCAAAGGAUGAAGAAGAGCGCUUAAGUUCUGAGCUUCUCUGUGAAGGUGGCCUCAUACCGGCCAUCAAAGAACUCCGUGGUUCGGGUGAGAACCUGGUCGUUUGCAUGGAUGCCAACUCGCACCCGGAGACGAAGCCGCCCGGUGAAAGGAAGGCUUCGUGCUGGCAGGAGCUCCAUCGCGCGGCUGGGGCUUCAGUGUGGGACGAGUUCUACAACGAAAACGGGGGCUACAUCGCCGAAGGGAAGAGGAAAGAUGUUGAGCACCCGGUGACAACCAACAAGGUUCGAGGGCCACAGUCGGCCCAAGCCAAGAAGAUUGGCUUGCACGCCUAUUCCGUCAUUGACCAUGUCUUCUACGCGGGGAACCUCCAGUUCCAUGAACAUGUACACCAGCCCGUGCAGUAUCCCAGUGCCAAGGAUGCACUGCAGGAAGUCUUACCUUCCCUCAGAGAUCCCUCCGAUCACUACCCCGUCAUUGUAGACUUAAAAUGGCAGGGAGGAGCCGGAAAAUAG